CAGGCUACAACACAUGGUCUGCGAGACUCCUUUUCACCUGAGAGAAUCUGAGAGACUUGUUCUUUUCCUUUUAGGACACUCACACAGUUAUUUUAACCGAAAUCUGUCACAGUCACCAACAACUGUUUAAUACGACCAUUUUCCUUUUCGUCACCCGUACGAAAAAUAACAGUGAUGUUGACGAAGAGUGCUAAGGUUGCUGCCAUUCUCGCUGUGGGUGCGAGCGGCAAAACCGAUGUGCUAGCUCCGCCUACUGCAAUGGAGACCCGUAUUCUUUGGGGCAAACGCUUGCAGGAGCUCUCUGCCUUGAUGGCUUCCGAUGAUAUCGCAACCGAAACUUUCGAGAAUUUCCUAUCGGAAAAUGGAAAGAGCUAUGCCAAUGGCGUGGAGCGUGAUCAUCGCUUUGAAAUUUUUCGGGAAAAUGUGAAGAAGGGUAAUGCCUCUCCAGGAUCAUCUUAGAUUCCUUAUUCCUGAAGCCGAUUCGGCCCUGUAAAUAGUUCCCCAUCUCUUAAUAUCUGCACUCCCUUAUGUAGGAAUCUACUUCUUCCACCAUCCUCCAGCGAUCCAACUGAAUCUGAAAUCGAAUGGGCGUGCCGUUUUUGGAGUCACCCGCUUUAUGGACCUUACAGAGCAUGAGUUCCGCAAGUUACAUAAGAAUGGUUAAGGCUUCCCGUAAUGGUCUACCUUCAGAUAGUACCUCCCGGAGGCACGAUAGUUAAUGCAUCUUGCAGGAAAUGGCCCAUAAGCAGGGGAAAACGUACAACACAGCUCCAAGAUGGGCGUGGGUCUCAGGAUGGACGACCAGAGUGAGCUCUAAAAUGGAGGUCAAGUCUUCACCGACCAGAUGGUGAGCGACAUGAUGAACGAUGUCCCGGAAUGGCCUGGAAUGUCGCUGCUUGCAGAGAGACUACGGCCCGGAGCUUAUGGGACGAGAGUGUGUGUCAAACACUGUUAUGGGUGUAUCUGACCCGACGACCCAUGAGCCAAGACAUAGCUGGGCGUCGGGUGAGAUACACCCAUAGCAGUGCUUGACACACUCUCGCAUAACACUGCGGACUGGCAUCAUCUACCUGUAGUUUCAUCUAAAUUCAAUUCUUCUUAUUCCCUGAAACUGACUACAACUAUCUUGCAAGAAGUCAUUCAUUGUACGCAAUGAUGAUGAUCAUUGUGCGUGUUGUAGUUUCAUCUAAGUCCUUCCCUGAACCUGACUACUUCUUCGCGGGACUGGCGCAAGGAAGGCGUGAUCACUCCGAUCAAGGAUCAGGGACAAUGCGGCAGCUGCUGGGCUUUCUCGACUGUGGAGACCGUGGAGGCUGCGGCGAGAUUGGUGAGACCACAAUUGUGAAUUGUCUUCUAUUUGCAUUGAUUAUAGAGAUUGAUAGGGUCACUGAUGUUAUCCCUUCAUAGAUGGGAUGUAAUUCAAAUUCUAAUGGUUCCUGUUCUUCUACCCCAGAAGUAAUAAGACUUUUCGAAAAAGUAAAAGAACGACAAAGAAUUUUUUCUUCGUCCGAUAGCUUUCGAGGUUUCGCCAUUCUUCUCAAGCUCCUCUCAACCCCGGUUUCGUUUCCCUGGAUCACCCCUCCUCCUUCAGGUUGACCCAACGCUUACUGUUAUUUCUCCUCCAGGUCGACCCAACCACCACUUUCAUCGGUGCUCCGCAAGAAUUGGUGUCUUGCGACCACAACAUGGAUUUGGGGUGUAACGGUGGAUUGCCAACUCGCGCUUAUGGAUAUCUGGAGAAAAACGCUUUGGAAUCUGAGGAAGACUAUCCCUACACCAUUACGGCUUUUCUUAAUUCAUCAGACGGAGCUUUUUUCACUCGCGUUCAAGGGGAAGCACACAGAUGCCUCCGGAAAUGAAUUUAAGGAAGCUCUAAGACUGGUGGCACCACGAGAAAGUCGGGAACGUGCAAGCUCGAUGCGAGUAAGGGGAAGUGGAAAGUACGUUGUUCGAGGGCUAACUAAUACUGAAGCGGUUUCAAGUCGGGACAUAGGCGGACUUCCAAUUUGUAGAUUAAUUUGUUGCGUUUUCAGGCUGUAGAUUCGACCUCAUAUUGUUGUACUGUGUAUUAGAAAGGGAGAAAAUAUUAUAGUACUUAAACCCGCACUUCCUCGUACAGGUCACCGCCUACGAGCGCGUUGCACACGGAAUGCGCAUUUUCCCGUGGACCGUCUCGCGUGGUGAGAAGAACAUGAAGGCAUACAUUUUGGCCAAGGGUCCGAUGAGUAUUGGUGUGGAUGCCACGGCGUGGCAGACGUACCAGGAAGGCAUUUUGGACGCUGAGGCCUGCGGAGCUGCCCAGAUCGACCAUGCUGUUCAGGUCGUUGCCUUGAACCAAGACGAAUUGAAAGCGGCUGAGUUAUGGAGGACAUUGGAUGUGGUGGCCGAAAUGAGUAGUUUAGGUGUUCUUGUCUACUAUUUAGUAGAACAAUUUUUAUCAAAACGUAGGAGAAAGUAGUUGCAUUUUUGACUUGCGCGCCUCGAGCCCUCACAGUCAAAGCUUUCAGAAGACGGUCUUUCUCGAACGAGGUUUAGAUUUAGAUCCCCGAUGUUGACAUUUCCUACGUAUACCCAAAUCCCAUUGAAAUCCCACACCUUUUCCAAACCAAUCCGGCGGCAGCUACUGGGUCGUCCGCAACUCGUGGACCACAGGAUGGGGUGAGGAGGGCUACAUCCGUCUUUCCACUGACGAGAACUCUUGUCUGAUCACUGGCAUGGCAACCGCAGCCAGUGUAGAGAAGGUAUCGUCCGACUCUGUUCUUGGGGAGAUUCAGAUCUAG